AUGCCUGCGGCAAGUUCGUCUUCAAACAAAAAACCACCGUCAAUGCGGGCGUUGACGGCAAGGUUGAAGGAAAUACAACUAUCCUUCAGCGAUAUUUGGCGGUUUGUACAAUCUUUCAAGGAGUCUAACACGGUUACUGAUAUCGAAGUACGCCUUGGUAAGUUGGAAGAAUUGUGGGAAAGCUUCAGUGAUACCUUUGUUGAAAUCCUAUCCCACGAUGACUACAACGCCGAAGGGUCGGCGUACGAGAAGGAGCGAAUGGAAUUCAGUGACAACUAUUACGAGGUCAAGACCUUCUUAAUGGACAAGGUCAAGGAGCUUCAGGAACCCCAGGUUUUGGAGCAGUCUCUUCGAGCAGGUGAUGGUUUGCCGCAUGGGACCUCAGACCACGUCCGCCUUCCACAAAUUAAACUUCAAACAUUCAAUGGUGACGUGGACGAAUGGUUGAGCUUCCGGGACUUGUUCACUUCGCUUAUACACUGGAAGGUGGACCUACCAGAGGUGGAGAAGUUCCACUAUUUGAAGGGGUGUCUUCAAGGGGAGCCUAAAAGCUUGAUCGACCCACUCCAAAUCACCAAAGACAAUUAUCAGGUGGCAUGGGAAAUGCUGUUGAGGCGAUACAACAACAGCAAGCAAUUGAAGAAGCGGCAGGUGCAGUCGCUCUUUAAUCUACCUACACUCUCCAAGGAAUCAGUCACAGAUCUUCACGUUCUCGUUGAAGGCUUCGAAAGAAUCGUGCAGACUCUCGAUCAGGUGAUUCAACCGGCGGAUUAUAAGGACUUGCUGUUGGUCAACAUUCUCACUGCUAGACUGGAUCCGGUCACUCGACGGGGGUGGGAAGAGGUCUCCGCUUCAAGGGAGAAUGAUACGCUGGUAGAUUUGUCGGAUUUUCUGCGGCGUAGAAUCCAGGUUUUGGCUUGCUUACCGUCAAGAGCGGUUGACACUAGGGGUGUUCAACAGGCAGCGCAACAACUGAAGCCGAAACAGCAACCAGGUCGUCACCACACACUGGUCUGCUUUAAGUCGGAGAGAAAUAAGGAUUCUAAGGUUACAGCAGCUGCUGCGAGCAGUAAACCACCAAUUUCCAAGGAACCAACAACCUCUACUUCAACCCAAGUGGCUAAUGUGGCUGCAACUGAUGUCCUGGUGUCUGGUGCGACUCACCAGUAUUCUUCUAAGGUGUUACUGGCUACAGCAGUUGUGUUGAUUGAGGACGAGGAAGGCAAUCGAUUUCCCGCUCGCGCCCUUCUGGAUUCGGGCUCGGAAAGCAACUUCAUUACGGAGCGGUUAAGUCAGCGGUUAAGGAUAUUUCGUGAUCAUGUGGAUAUAUCAGUCCUCGGAAUCGGACAAACUGGAACCAAGGUUAAGCACAGGUUACGUGCGGUGAUCCGGUCACGUAUAUCUUCAUUUUCUCGAGAGUUAGGUUUAUUAGUUCUACCCAAGGCUACGGUCAACCUUCCAACCUCUACUCUCAACACGGAUAGAUGGAUAAUACCGGAUGGGAUUCAACUUGCAGAUCCUGCAUUUUUCGAGUCUAGCGUAGUGGACCUCGUGCUCGGCAUCGAAUCCUUCUUCGACUUUUUUGAAACCGGUCGAAGAAUUUCCAUUGGGGAAGGCCUACCGACUCUCAACGAGUCCGUGUUCGGAUGGGUUAUAUGCGGCGGCGUUUCGGUUUCAACCCAAGCCCUACACAUUAAUUGCAACGUAUCUACAUUGGAUGGGCUUGAUGAGUUGAUGUAUCGCUUUUGGUCUUGUGAGGAGGUAGAGUCUGGUAAGGCUCACUCACUGGAGGAGAAACGCUGCGAGGAGCUUUUUCUACGUACGGUUCAAAGAAAUCCAGACGGUCGGUACACCGUCGCUUUACCCAAGAAUGAAGACGUACUUUCACGGUUGGGCGAGUCAAGGGACAUCGCAAUCCGACGGCUUCAGGGAACAGAACGUAGGCUGGCAAGAGACUCAUCACUACGGGAUCAGUACGCUGCCUUCAUGGAGGAAUACCUAGCGCUGGGGCACAUGAGUAAGGUCGACAAUGUUUCUGCAGGAUCAGUCAAACGGUUCUAUCUACCGCACCACCCGGUGGUCAAGGAAUCGAGCACUACCACCAAGGUUCGCGUGGUCUUCGAUGCUUCUUGUAAGACCUCUUCGGGAGUAUCGCUCAACGAUGUGUUGCUGGUUGGGCCAGUGAUACAGGAGGAUCUACGAUCAAUAAUCUUACGAAGUCGGACCAAACAGAUCAUGCUCGUGUCCGACGUGGAGAAAAUGUUCCGGCAGAUCAACGUAAGCCCACAAGAUCGACCACUUCAGUGUAUUCUUUGGCGUGCCACGCCAACAGACAAGAUUGACACUUAUGAGCUGAAUACAGUUACGUAUGGUACCAAACCAGCACCGUUUUUGGCUACCAGGACGAUUCAACAGCUGGCUGUAGAUGAGGAGAACCACUUUCCACUUGCUGCAAGGGCGCUCACCGAAGACACGUACAUGGAUGAUGUGAUUACUGGCGCAGACGAGGUCGAUACAGCACUGAAGCUACGAAAGCAGCUGGAAACUAUGAUGUCAAGGGGAAGAUUUCGAUUACGAAAGUGGGCAUCGAACUGCCCUUCAGUGCUAGAAGGUAUUUCCGAGGAGGAGCUAGCAAUACGGACUUCGGAUGGAAUCGAUUUGGACCCAGACCCGACAGUUAAAACCUUAGGAUUGGCAUGGAUGCCAAUCACGGAUACGUUAAAGUUCCAAUUCACGAUUCCCACCCUGGACACUGCAACACCGCUAACUAAACGCUAUGUGUUGUCUGUGAUUGCCACUCUAUUUGACCCUUUGGGGCUUUUGGGAGCUGCUAUUACGUCGGCGAAGAUUUUUAUGCAGCUAUUGUGGACGUUACGAGACGAAACCAAUAACAGAUUAGGUUGGGACCAGCCACUACCUCCAACGGUGGGUGAGUCCUGGAAAAGAUACCACGAACAACUUCCGCUUUUUAACCAACUCCGGAUUGAUCGUUGCGUGAUCAUACCGGAAGCCUUUAAGAUCGAGAUUCACUGCUUCUCGGAUGCCUCGGAGAAAGCUUACGGCGCAUGUCUGUACUUGAAGAGUCAGAAUGCAAAAGGGGGGUUUAGAGUCCGACUGCUAUCCUCCAAAUCAAAGGUUGCUCCUCUGAAGUGCCAAACUAUACCUAGACUGGAGCUCUGCGGUGCUCUUUUAGCAGCCCAGCUAUAUGAGAAGGUCAAGCAAUCGAUUAGGAUACCUACAAAAACCUUCUUCUGGACUGAUUCGACAUGUGUCUUACGGUGGCUUCAAGCGACUCCAGCCGCAUGGACUACAUUCGUCGCUAAUCGAACGGCGAAAAUUCAAACAAUUACGGAGGGCUGUCAAUGGGGACACGUCCCAGGAGUUCAAAACCCAGCAGAUCUGAUAUCUAGAGGAAUCAGUCCGGAAGAUAUUCUUAAGAACACCUACUGGUGGCAAGGUCCAUGCUGGUUGGAGAAGGAGCAGCAUGAAUGGCCAAAAAAUAUCGUGGAUCAACCGAUAGACGAGGGAGAGGAAGAGAAGCGACGCACGGUGGUUGCUGCAACUGUUUCCGUUCACGAGAAGUUCAAUCAAGGAUAUAUAGGAAAAUUUUCAUCGUAUAGUGAUCUCAUUCGCCGUACUGCAUACUGGUUGCGAUUGAUGAAUCUUCUACGAGUACCAGCAAGGGAUCGAAAUUGCGCAGCAUUUCUUACCACGGACGAAUUGAGGCAGGCGGAGAACACACUGAUCCGUCGAGUGCAGAAAGAGGUCUUUGCAGAUGAGUGGAAGGCUCUAUCCAAGGGUACGGCAGUUCCACGGGGAUCCCCGAUACGUUGGUACAAUCCAUUUAUUUCAAAUGAUGAGCUAAUCAGACUAGGAGGACGAUUGCAGCACUCUCUCGAAUCCGAGAACCCCAAGCAUCCAAUCGCUUUACCCGCACAACACCAGUUUACUCGAUUGAUUUUGCGAUACUACCACGAGCGACUACUCCACGCUGGCCCGCAGUUGUUAUUGGGAGUAGUCAGGCUCAAGUUUUGGCCAUUGGGAGGUAGAAGUGUUGCAAGACACAUCGUGCAUAAAUGCCAACGAUGCUUUCGUUCAAAACCAACACUAGUUCAACAGUUUAUGGGAGACCUACCAGCCUCACGAGUUACGGUGUCCCGCCCGUUUUCCCGUUCCGGAGUUGACUAUUUUGGCCCUGUCUACAUAAGGCCUGUUCCGCGACGAGCAGCAGUUAAGGCAUACGUAGCCAUUUUUAUUUGCCUUGGCACCAAGGCUGUUCAUUUGGAGCUCGUUACAGACCUUUCUACCAACCGGUUUCUUCAAGCACUGCGACGAUUUGUGUCCAGGAGAGGACGAUGCACGGACAUGUAUUCCGACAACGGAACCAAUUUUGUCGGUGCGCGAAACCAAUUGCAAGAGUUCCUCAAGAUGCUAAAGAAUUGCGAUCACCAUGAUGCAGUGUCUAAGGAAUGUGCGAAAGAAGGAAUUCAAUGGCACUUUAAUCCGCCAAGCGCACCCCAUUUCGGGGGCCUCUGGGAAGCUGCAGUUCGUUCGGCCAAGCAUCACCUGUUAAGGGUAGUAGGUGAAACACCUGUGUCUCCAGAGGAUUUCGUUACAUUGCUGGCUCAGGUGGAAGGAUGUCUGAAUUCCCGACCUUUAACACCAAUGUCUGACGAUCCCAACGAUCUAGAACCACUGACGCCAGCGCAUUUUCUCAUCGGUUCGUCUAUCCAUGCUAUACCAGAACCAGAUCUAGCUACGGUACCAGUGAAUCGACUCAACCACUGGCAACUCAUCCAAUGCAAGCUGCAAACCUUUUGGACUAGAUGGCGUAGGGAAUACCUCUGUCAGUUGCAAGCGAGGACGAAGCGAUGGAAACCAGCAAGUUCCAUUGAGGUGGGAAGGCUAGUAGUCAUCAGGGAAGACAACCAACCUCCCAUGAAAUGGAAGAUGGGAAGAAUUUGCGAGGUUCAUCCAGGUGCAGAUGGAGUGGUGAGAGUAGUCACCCUAAGGACAGCCACAGGACUGCUUUCUCGACCGGUGGAAAAGAUUUGCAUGCUACCACUCUCGGAUGAAGACACUGGACCCGCUGCACCAAAAACGUCCAACUGA